AUGGCCGACUACUCUCAAGUCCCAUCCAUCGCAAAGGUCCAACCUAAACCUUUCAAGGUGGAAAUCGAUGCCAAUGACAUUCAAUCCAUGAAGCAUUUGCUCGCCCACUCCAAAAUUGGGCCCGCAACAUAUGAGAACCAACAAACAGACCGUCGUUUCGGCAUGAACAGAGACUGGCUCAUCAAAGCCAAGAAACAUUGGGAAACCACCUAUGACUGGAGAAGAUGCGAAGACCAUAUCAACUCAUUCCCAAACUUUACAAUCCCCAUCACCGACCCCGAAGGAUCGGAUUUUACCAUCCAUUUCUUGGCCUUGUUCUCUACUUCACCCACCGCAAUCCCCAUCCUCUUUCUCCACGGCUGGCCAGGCAGUAUCUUGGAGUUCCUAUCUCUGCUCACUCUCGUCAAAAAGCAAUACCCAGAUCCUGCUUCCUUGCCUUAUCACAUCAUCGUGCCCUCUCUGCCUGGCUAUGCAUUUUCCUCUUCUCCACCUUCAGACAGAGAUUUCAAGGCCGAACACAUGGCCCCAGUAAUGGAUAACCUGAUGCAAAACCUCGGCUUUGGCGAGCAGGGCUAUAUAGCCCAAGGAGGAGAUCUAGGCAGUUUUAUCGCCCGCCAACUCGGUGUCGAAUCCCCCUCCUGCAAAGCCUUUCAUCUAAACCUCUAUCAACUUCCUGCCCCCGCAAACGCAGACUCCUUACCCAUCUCUGAUAUCGAGAAACGCGGUCUGGAGAGAGGCAAAGCAUUCAAGGAUUCUGGAUCUGCGUAUGCGAUGGAACACGGUACCAGAACAGCCACCAUAGGUCUAACUCUGAGUUCCUCGCCUCUGGCUUUGUUGUCAUGGAUCGGCGAAAAGUUUUUGGAGUGGACGGAUGAGGAUCCCAAUCUUGAUGAGAUACUCGAUUCGGUGAGUCUGUAUUGGCUUACGGAUACGUAUGCGAGAUGCAUUUAUCCUUAUCGUAGUGUAAGUUUCUACUCUCCUUUCUGUCUUUGCUUUCAUCAACUGGCCACUAACAACGCUUUUCGUUAUAGNCUCUUUGGUUCCCAAUCUGGUCCUUCCAGUAAACCGCGCUUUGCAAAGCCAUCCGGAAAACCUCAAGGAUAUUCUUACUUUCCUUAUGAGAUUUCUCCUACACCGGUCUCGUGGGUCAAGGAGACUGGAAAUUUCGUACAUGUUUCUAGUCAUGACAAGGGAGGUCAUUUUGCUGCCAUGGAGCGACCGGAGGACUUGUGGGCAGAUGUUGAAGGUUUUGUCAAGGAGGCUUGGGGUAAAAAGGAUGGCGCGAGUAAGAUUUAG